UCCAUCAUCCUUCAACAUUCCAUCAUUCUCCAUUUCCUUUGUUCUGCUUCUGUUCGUAUUUCUUUUGUGGGUUUUUGGUAGUGAAACGUUUUCACUACCACGGGUAGAUAGGAGAUUUCCUUGUGAGUGAAAUAGUGAGGUUGUUUUGGAAACACCGUGUGUUCUAUUUCUUGUAUCGAGAAAAUCUCUGUAACCUAUCAUUGUUAUAGUAAAGAAAUACUCCGGAGCUGCUGUUCCCGUGGACUGGCCCAAAAUCAGGGUAUACCACGUAAAUCCUCGGUGUCAUUUAUUAUUAUCUAUGCUUGUUGUUAUUUUGAGAAUAGUCGUAGUAUAUUGCAUUAUUAAAUUACCGAAGUAAAUUGAUCUAAGUAAGUUGGUUACCGUAAUUCUGGAGGCUCUGCCACCAGGUCCAACUUAUUUGUGAACUUUUUACAAGCGUGUGAUUUCUUAGUGCAAUAUAUUUACCCGCUAUUCUCACCCGCUGCGCCCAACACGUCUGUAUGUCGCAGGCGGAAGCAGCGUGUUCAAUUUUCGCUCGCGAAAACAAAUCCAUCAAAAGGCGUCGUAUGAUUCGAGAGAAGUAUUAAGGUUUGCGAGAUCAGGAAAUAGGGAAGGGAAGGGAAGGGAAGGACCGAGCCGUGAAGGGUGUGAAAGGAUAGGAUUGAGCCUGAGUGUAGGAUCAGUGUCUUACGUCUGAGCGACUGAGCCUAGGGAUGGCAACCAAACCCGAACCCACGGGUACCCACCCGACCCAACCCGGUCAACGCGGGUAAAAUCCGUGUUGACGGGUUUUGGGUCGGGUUUGGGUUUAAACCCGUUCACUAUUCACCGGGUUGGGUUGGGUUUGGGUUUAGGUAAAUCCGACCCGUGGGUACCCGCCCACACAUAUAAUUAAUUUUCUCGGUAUAUUUAAUAUUUUAAACAACUAAUCUUAUUUAUGUUUGUGGAGACAUGUCUAAUUUUUUCUUUCUAAUUGUGUAGAAUGAAGUUUGUGUUAUCGAGUGGAGAGUGAAGAAACUUAAUUGAAAGGAAGAAGCCUUCAAUUAAUAUGUUAUUUAUGGAUAAUUUAUGAUUUACUUCAAUUUUCUUGAGUUUUCUAGAUUGGUGUUGAACAAUUUGUAUAGUUAAUUUGUGAUUUGCUUGAAUUUUCUAGAAUGGUGUUUUAAAUAUGGAUAAUUUGUAUUGAGAGAUUGAUAUUUGACUUUAAUUUUGAUAGGAACUUGUUAUUGUAAAUUUUUUACGACAAAAACCCGUGGGUACCCAUGAACCCGCGGAUACCCAGCGGGUUGGGUUGGGUUUGAGUUUUUCAAACCCAGUGUGUUUUACCCCAGGUUUUUUUCACGGAUAAACCCAUGGGUUUGGGUUUGGGUUUGGCAAAACCCGACCCAACCCGACCCAUUGCCAUCCCUAACUGAGCCCACGGCUGCUACUUGUUUUGGGCUUGUUAAUGUGGAUUGUUGGACAAUCCUACAUUUGAUGUGGACAAUCCUUCCCUGGACAAUUUAUCGCACACAACGACGACGAAAUCAUCAUCUGAUUCAUCUCCUGGAUCUCUUCCGAAAGAGGAAAGACAGUCCCCACUCCCCACCACUGGCUGAUCACUGAUCACUCCAAGGUCCCGAUCCCAGCUACACACUCCACCAAAGCUGCAGCCGGCGCCGGCGAACUCGCCGCCGACAUCGAUCCGUAUCCGCCGUGGUACCUCUCCCCUGCGAUGUCAGCCAGCAAGUUUCAGCAGCAAUCAAUGCUCACUCUCAGAGGCUCCCUCCUCUCUCUCGCAAUCCUAACCUUCGUCUCCCUCACUUACCUGUCCCUUAACUCUCUUCACUCCUCAAUCUCCUUCUCCGCGCAGUCCUCUCCCACCGCAUCCUCAGCCUCCGGGAAGCAAAUUAUUCAACUGGUGCAAAGAGAGACGGUGGCUUCAGCGGGGCAAGAAGAGAGCGGAAAUGCGGAGGUAGGGAGGAGCGACGGCGAUGACGAGAUUACGGAUCUGUACCAUUACCCGGAGGUAUUCAAGUUGAAUUACGCGGCUAUGGAGGAGAAUUUCAAGGUUUAUAUCUACCCGGACGGUGAUCCGAAAACGUUUUAUCAGACGCCGAGGAAAUUGACGGGGAAGUACGCGAGCGAGGGCUACUUCUUCCAGAACAUUAGAGAAAGUAAGUUCAGGACUGAAGAUCCGGAUCAGGCUCACCUCUUCUUUAUCCCGAUUUCUUGUCAUAAAAUGCGAGGCAAGGGUACUUCCUAUGAAAACAUGACCAUAAUUGUUCAGAAUUAUCUGGAUGGCUUGAUAGCCAAAUAUCCUUACUGGAACAGGACUCUUGGGGCAGAUCACUUUUUCGUUACAUGUCAUGAUGUUGGUGUAAGAGCAACUGAAGGUGUUCCAUUUCUUGUGAAAAAUGCAAUUCGAGCAGUAUGUUCCCCAAGUUAUGACGUUGGAUUCAUUCCACACAAAGAUAUUGCACUUCCUCAAGUUCUGCAGCCAUUCGCUCUUCCAGCUGGAGGCAAUGAUGCGGAAAACAGGACUACUCUUGGCUUCUGGGCUGGCCAUAGGAACUCUAGAAUUAGAGUUAUACUGGCACGUGUUUGGGAAAAUGAUACGGAGCUCGAUAUUUCGAACAACAGAAUAAGUAGGGCCACAGGACAUCUAGUUUAUCAGAAGAGAUUUUACAAGACUAAAUUUUGCAUAUGCCCAGGAGGUUCUCAGGUCAACAGUGCUCGAAUAACCGACUCAAUCCACUAUGGAUGUGUUCCUGUAAUAUUAUCCAACUACUAUGACCUGCCAUUCAACGACAUCAUUGACUGGAGCAAAUUCGCCAUUGUAUUGAAAGAGAAAGACGUGUAUCAGCUGAAGCAGAUCCUCAAAGACAUACCAGAUGAGAAGUUUCUUGAGUUGAAUAAAAAUGUAGCCAAGGUACAGAAGCACUUCCAGUGGAAUUCGCCACCGAUUAAGUACGAUGCAUUCCACAUGGUGAUGUAUGAUCUCUGGCUGCGUCGUCAUGUCAUCCGAUACUGAAUGUUGAAACGAGAAUAGCUUGUAAAUUGUCACAACCCCAUCGCGGGAGGGGAUUAGUCUGUUGCUCACUAUUAUUUCAUUUCUUCUUUAGACUUGAUACCCUCAAAUAUGUUCCACACUAAAUGUAGGCUGUAGAUCCUCUGUGUUGUUUAGAGCUGUAACAAGGUUGUAACGGGAACGGGAAAAGAGAUAGCAGACAAGGUUAGAGAGAUUGGUAGAACACCCUCCCUGCAUUGAUUCUUGGACAUCUUAUAGGAAUUUUGCGAACAUCUGUGUUAGUGUUCACUUCUUGGCUUCUUGUUACUGGGAAAAACUUUUGGAACGGCUUAGUUGUUAAACUCAUCAACAGAUGGGGAGCUGGAAGAAUUGGCAUUCUAGUUGGUCGCUUUUGAUCCACGGUAUUUAAGAAAAUCGAUUAGAUUGGCUAGUUAAAAUCGUAGCAGAGUUAGUGAGAUUGACUAACAGUUGAAGCUAUCUGCGGUUGUUUGCAUGAGUCAUUUAUAAAAUAAAAUUUGAUAUUUGAGAAUGUAUGGUGUGUUUAAAAGUUUUUAGAUGAGUCAUUAUUAAAUUAAUUAUUUGUAUAAUGUCAUUGUUUUGUUUUCCAUUAUCUUGUUUUUUGUCAUAAUAAAAUCAAUUCCGUAAAUAAAAUAAUUUUGCAACCAACAAAACAUAUUAUUUGAGUACGAGUCAUGUUAAUACUACUUUCUAAUUUUCAUUAAUAAUCUUAUGCUAACUUUCUUUAUGAAGGGUAACGGCUCUAGAAGUCUAAUUACGAAGACGCAUCGAGAAUGCUGCUAACAAGGUUGUCAAACUGGUUUAAGUCGUUUAGCAAGUCAAAGAAGUGGUUUGAGAUUUAAUGAUUUGAUCAAGAUUCAACCUGAGUUGUUUUAUAUAUUUUCUAAUAUAUAUACAUAUAAGGUACUAAUUUAAAAUUUUAAUAAAUCAAUUUUUUUAAAUUAUCAUGUAUCAUUUAGCAAUUUUACAUUAAUUAUAUAUAUAUAAGCUAUUAACAUCCUAGUUCACUAUCUCUCCCCAUCCUUCCUUUAUAGGGAUGGCAAAAUAAUCUGAACCCACGGGUACCUUAUCCGAUCCAACUCGGUUAACGUUGGUAAAACUUGUAUUGUAAAAUUAUGAAACGGGUUCGGGUUUAAACUCGUUUAUUGUUUUGCGGGUUGGGUUUGAGUUUUUCUAACCCAAUGAAUUUUAUCCCUGGUUAUUUUGGUGGAUAUACCCAUGGUUUGGUUUUUGCAAAAUCCAACCCGAUCCAUUGUCAUCCGUAUUUCUUUCCUCUCCUCUCUUUUUCUGUCUCUCUACGUAUCACUAGAGGCCAAGGUAGGUUAUUUGCACGACCACCUUGACCCAAAAAAUGUGGUAAAUUUUUAUGUGAUCGUGAAUUGUACAAUAUUUUCUUAUUGUUUAAACAACUUUAAUAACAAACAAUAUUUUAUGAUCUCUAUUUCACUUUAUGUAAUUGAGUUUAAUACAAACAAAAACCUAGCAGCAUUUGUUGCUACCAGUCAACAUUGUAAGUGUUGAAAGAGCACUUAAUGCAAAGAACAACAUGAAGAAACACUUCAGAGUCAGAUGGGCGAUUAAAUCAUGAAUGCUUUU